GACUCUAUAUAGUAUUCGUAUUUGAUUUAAAGAAGCUAUCUGUGUCCAGGAGAUCUCUUCAUUUAGUCGGAUAUUUCCAAUACUGUGAUGUUAAUUUCAUUAAGUUAAAAAUGAUGGAUGAAUCAGAAGAUUGGUACAUGGAUGAAGAUGUUGAUGUUGGAGAAGAGGAUAUUGGACCUUAUCAACAUCAUUUGGAUGGAGAUAUUGAAGAAAUGGAUAUAAUUGAUUAUGAUGAUACCUUAGGAGAAAAUUCAAUAUCAGUGAAAUCGUUAGCCAAAGAAAUGCUGACCUGUUCUUUACCAGUAAUAAAACAAGUUAAUUCACUUCUUAUUCUAAUACUUAUUUCAUGCUUAUUUUGGCAUGUUGUAAACAUUAUUCUCAAAAGAAGCUUUCAUUUCAAUGGGAAAAUUUACCAUACGUUUGUCACUAUUGUCCUGCAUGUCCUUUCUGUUUCUCUCGGAUUAUUCAUUUUACAUCGUGCUGCUUAUGAAUUAUGGUGGAUAAUAAUUGGAUUAACAGUGAGCCUGGCUGUUGUCUUUAUCCUUGAUAUUAAUUCUCAUUUUCGUCAUUCUGAUAAACAGAGUGUAAACUGGGAAACAUUUAUUACCUUAGGAAUAUGUUCAUCUGUUCAACUAUACUGUGAACUAUAUGUGAACCCUGUCCAAUGGCAUCAAAUUCGAGGAAGUAUUAUGAUCAUUAUUAUGAAAUCAAUAUCUUUUUCAAUGGAACAAAAAACACUUGAUAGUAACCAUGUCAACAGUCAACCGUGUAUACUAUUGUGGACACCAUUAUAUCGUGGAUUAGUUUGGUUAUCGUAUUGUUUGUGUCCAGCUAGUCUAUUGUUUGGUCCAUGGUUUAGUCCAUUGAAAUAUGAAGAAAUGAUUAGAAGUGAUUAUAAUAGUACAAGAUUUUCUUUAAAAAAUAUUAUCUUAUCAUUGUUGCAUACAGUUAAAUUAUUUGGAACAUCUUUACUGUGUUUAGUUUAUUCAACUUGUUCUACGUAUACAUUAAUUUCUAAAUUAACAUUUCAACCUUGGCUGUAUGCUUAUUUCUCCUCACAGAGUUUUCGUUUCAGUCAUUAUUUUGUAUGCAUUUCAAGUGAAUCUUUUAUGAAUGCCUUGGGAUACUGUGAUAAAUAUUCAGUUAAGUCUAAAGAAAAAUUAGAUGAUAAUAAUAAAGAAAAAGAAAAAAGCGCGAUAGAAGUGUACAAACCAUUUGUUGUGACACGUCCAUGGUCUAUUGAAUUUCCUCGAUCCUUAGUUGAAGUUGUAAUUCAUUGGAAUUUACCGAUGCAUACUUGGUUAAAACAAUAUGUAUACAAACCAUUACGUGCAUAUGGACAUAUUUAUGCUAUCGUGGGAACGUAUGCAGCUAGCUCACUAUUACACGGUUUGAAUUUUCAAUUGAGCGCUGUUCUAUUCUCUAUUGGAAUUUAUGCAUAUAUUGAAUAUGUUUUACGAGAGAAAUUAGCAACUAUUCUAAAUGCAUGUGUAGCCAGUCGACCGUGUCCAGAAACCUGUUCUCAUGUCAACAAGAAUUCUUCUUGGGUAUAUUGGUGGAAUUUUGCUUUCAGUUGCCUAGCCAUAUUCCAUUUGGCUUAUUUGGCUGUGAUGUUUGAUACAAGUGAACAACAGUACCAGGGUUAUAGUAUGUGGCAUGCUUUAAACAAAUGGUAUGGUUUAGGAUAUCUCAGUCAUAUUGUCGCUUUUGCUACCUUUUUGUUUUAUAAAUAUUUAUAA